CUUCCUCCAACCUGUUCAAGCUCCUCCCUCUCUCUCCCUCUCUCUCUCAUCUAUAACUCCUACUGCUAAUUCUUGUUACCAUCACCAUCACCCUCAUUUUCUUUUUAUUUUUUGCCAAACAGUAUCUCUGUUUCUUGUGUAAAUUCAAAGCGAAGGCAAAAUAUAGAAACUUUUACUAGACAUGGGAAAGGAAUGGUAUUACUGGGGUGGUGGAAAAACCUCCAAGAAAGGUGGUGGUGGUGGUGGUGAAGGUGGAAGAGAAGGAGAGAAAGAUAGCGCUAAUUUACCUACUGGUUGCAUGUGCGCUGUUUUCCAGUUGUUUGAUUUCCAUCAUCAGUUUCAGUUUCCUUUAAACCAUGAACAACAGUCUUCUAAUUUACUUCAGCCCAACUCUUUCCUUCCUCUUGAGGAUCCUCCUAUCCCUAAAGGUUUUGAAGCACCAAGGAAUAGCUUGGAAUUGGAAGAGGAGGAGCCUUCAUUGCCAUCAUCAAAAGAUGAAAAUUUUUAUAUCCCUAUGGGCAUUCAAAUCAAAACAAAACGAGUUCCAAAUGAUUCAUCUUCAUCAGAAAUCAGCUCUUCACCGGGGACCAAGACACCAAAUUUGGUAGCUAGACUUAUGGGUCUUGAUCUUCUUCCUGAUCAUCUUACCUACUCACCAAGCCACUCUUCUUCAUCAACUCUAGGCACACCAAACCUUCCACCAAAAUCCCAUUUUCAGUACCACCAUUGCAGACCUCAACAACCACCUCACCAUAGCAAAAGAAGUAGCCCCCGAAGUUGUACUCUGGACCAUGAUUUUUCAGGCACUCGUUCUUUGCCUGAGACACCAAGAAUAUCAUCAGCUAGAAGAUCAGAUGUAGAACACCGUUUGUCACUUCAAAUCAACAAAGAAAAUGCAGGUGAAGACUUAGUUCUCCCUCGUUUCUCAUCUUUGAAAAGAAAAGAGCUGAAAGUUGAAGAUGAGAAUAGAAGUCCAGGCCACUUUGCAAGGCAAAUUGUGAAGCAAGUUAAAGAAAGUGUAAGCAGGAAAGCUGGCUUGGAUAUUACAAACACAGUAAUGAAUAGAGAGCAAACAAGAAGAAGAGAUCAAGAGCUUGAGCUUGUUAGCCAAUACAAGUCCAAGAAAACUCUCUCCAAAGCUCCAAGUACCACCAAAACGGUUGGUGCUUCAGGUAAUAGUCCAGGCAAGCAUUCUGUGAACACAACUUCUUUCUCACCAAGACUGAAAUUCUUAGAACCCAAAAACAAGCCAAUCACAACUCUACCUUGCAAGGACCACAAUAAUAUUUCUAAUUCUCAAAAAACCCCAUCACUUCUGUCACAAAAUACCAAACCUUCAACAAAGCCAGAUUUGCCUAAGGUCCUGCAGGAUCAACACCAGCACCAGCAGAGACCUUUCAAGAAGUGCAACAAAGUGACUGAAGAAAAAUUUGGUCCACCACCACCAAGAUUCGUCAAGAAACCUCUAAAAACAUCACAUAUUAUCAGAACCAAGCAAGAAGAGCCAUUUGUCAGUUCAACAUCAGCUAGAGAAACCACUAUUCCUGACAAGAAAUGCAAGAAAACCCCAUUAUCAAAUGACCUUAACAUCUCUCUCCUAACUCUCCUUCCUGUCAAGAAAGACCCUACUCCUCCUGCUACAAAAAUCCCUCAAAAACAGGUAUCAAAUGCUGCUCAAGAAUCGAAAUGGUGCUCACAGUUAUCUAGUUGUUCGAGCCAGUCGUACAAACAACCACAAGCGACGCGUAGGCUCGAUGCCCGAGAAAACAACAAUGAUGAUAGGUCUCAUAACGGUGUCGCCACCAAUAUCAUCACCACCGGAGAUGGAGCCGCACAAGAAGAAUAUGAGUACAUUAGUAGAAUACUAAAACGUACUGGCAUAGACAAAGAUACCCCAGUGUCUUUUACUAGGUGGUUUUCUCCUUCUCAUCCUCUGGACCCUUCAACUUUUUACUACCUGGAACAUUUUACCACACCAGUCUCUACUACCACCUGCCAAGCUCGUCAAGCCAUGGACCGUCGAUGCAAUCGAAAAUUAUUGUUCAAUCUUGUUGACGAAAUUUUGGUCGACAUCUUACGUCCAUACAUCAACGUUAGUAGUACUAGAUUUGGCUUAUGUACUCGGAAUUUUCUCCUUAGUCACAUGAAUGGGUCGCAUUUGGUUCACAUGUUAUGUACAAAGCUUAGGAGCUUCCCUUGCGCUGACUGUCAUGACCUCGAAGACAUUGAUGGGUUAAUAGACAAAGACCUGCCCCAGUUGAUGAAGGAGCAAAGUGAGAUUGCAUUUGGAGAAGAAGGAGAAGGGAUCGUGAUGGAAAUAGAGAAAGAGAUUGUGGAAACAUUAAUCCAUGAAACGGCUUGGAUUUUUUAUAGACAUUGAAGUGGCGGCAUAACCAUAACGUAUACAUUUGACUAGAGCAGUCGGGGUUGCUCUAGUCAUGGAAGAGAGACAAGAGAGCAGAAGGAUCACAUGGGUUAUUCACGUGAGGAGAUGCUAUGUGUUAAGGGGUGAUAAUGUGGGGUGUCCAAACUCAAGAUUGGGACUUGUAAAGAAGAGGUUUGGGGUCUACACGUGGAGAUAUAAACUCUUUCUCCGACAACAACACACUUGCUAUCUCAUUGAGUCUUAAAAGAAAACAACUAUUGACAGAGGAAUCCAUUCCCCUCUCUCUCUCUCCCCCCCCCCCCCCCCCCUCCAUCUAGCUUUGUAAAAGUAUAUAUAGUGAAUAGUGUAUCACCUUUUUUUUCUUUAUUUGUUGUCGUUCUUUUUAAUCUUAGUGAUAUAUCCAGUUACGGUUUUUGUAGUCAGCUCUGUAUUAAUUCAGAUUGUCGUCUGAUGGAUCAUCAUGAUGUGCAUGAUUAUUAAGUUUCUUUCACUCUUAGUGAUCUA